UUUUGGUUUUGAGAAACAAAAUACAAAUGAACAUCAUUUUAUAUCUGAAUUGUACGCGAUAUUAUAUGUUUAAAAAAAAAAAAAAAUGAAUAAAAAUGUUUUAUUGUGGGGGGAGGAGCCAUGACACCAACGUGCCUGCUAUGUGGGAAGGGCAGGAAUUCAUCAGCUGAUGCCAGCUUUUUAACAAUCAACUGUUGUUCGACCACCGCAGGAACAGAAUCGAGUUUGUGACCGAGAAAAGGUUAUUUUUAUCUUUGCUUAAACUAAAAUGGGGAGCUGGAAGAGUCAAGUGCGUGCUCAACUGCUCCUCAGAGAUCAGAGAGAGAAGCAUCCAUAUGAAGGAGUCUUUACAAGCUUGUCUCGUUUGGAAGAACGAUUUGAAAUUCGUCUGCAGAUUUUGAAAGAUGUCCAGUCAAACAGCUCAGAAGGUGGAGUCAAUGUGAGAUUACUUCAACUACAGCUCAGGGAGAGUGAACAUCUGGCUGAAAAGUUGUCUCAGACUGUCUCUGAUCUGACCACCGUCCUGCAUUUGAAAGACGCCGAGCUGCAGCACUGGCAGUCACGUGUGUCCCGCCACCGCCAAGAGGCCCUCACUCUGGCCAAAGGGGGUAACGCCCUGAAGGCGAGCGUCUACCGACAAGAGUUCGCCAUUGAGUGUCAGACGAAGGAGCUGGCCGCCCUUUACCUGGAGCGGAAGGGCCUUAAAGAAACGCUGUCGCAGGCCCGCCGUGACAAAGAGGAUCUGCUGCGGCGCUGGAUGGAGGAGAAGGAGGAAGAGGCGGCGAGGUUGAAUAAAUACAACGCCACGCAGGAGAGGUGGCAACGUUUAGCCAGGCACUUGAGGAAGCACCUGGCGAAAAAGGAUGUCGAUCCCCAGGAAAGCGGCUCGUGAGCACACGCCUCAUUUUACCCGCGUAUGGACAAGACAAGUAAAUCCGCGUCUUUAUCAAGGUAACAUGGCCCUUUUUAGUCGUGAAAAAGAACCGUGUCAGGACACCUGCACGUCCACACGGUCCAUGGCGAUGAUUGCCUUGAUGAUGCAGUAAGAGGUACAGCGACCUCAUCAAAGUUGUUUUGUUUCACCUUGUUACACACGCCGCGAUGUCACCG